AUGUCAAGCAUCAGCGAGCAACGCCAACGGGAACUCGGAGUUAAGAUCAAACGAGAGAACGAACUCAAACAAAAACUUGAAGAACAACGCCGCAAGAUGGAAGAGAUCAUGGCUCGGAUGGACAAUCAAGCUCGCGAGCAAAUGUCCUCGUCGUCAAACGCCGCAAGGAAGAGGCGAGGAAAGGAAAGCGUGAUGAGCAACAUUGAGGCGGAGCUGGAAGCGCAAAAGAUGGCUGUUGACAGAUGCGAGGAGCUUCAUCGUGCAGCUCGACAGGAGCGAGAGCAGUGGGAGGUUUGGAGCAAGGCUUGA